CCGGAGCGUGGUGACACGAGCUCUCCCUCUCACUUCCAAAACCAAAAGCCCAAAAGCCCCGCCAAUCUCUUUCCCGCCAAUUACCCAUAAAACAACAAUUUCUGUAUAUAAAUAUAUAUAUAUAUAUAUAUACAGAAUAUUUCUAUACUUUAAUUCCACUCUCAGAGACUCCUAACAGUCAAUUUUUUCCGUGCGGGAGAGAGAGAGAGAGAGAGAGAGAGAGAGAGAGAAAAAAAAAAAAAAAAAAAAACUAGGUUAAUCGACAAUGGGUGAGAGUUUUGAGGAGCUAAGCAAGCUUCCUGAGCUCAAACUAGAUGCCAAACAAGCUCAGGGAUUUCUUUCAUUCUUCAAAACCCUGCCCGACGACCCAAGAGCUAUUCGAUUCUUUGAUCGCCGGGACUACUAUACUGCUCAUGGCGAAAAUGCAACUUUCAUUGCAAAGACCUACUACCAUACUACCACUGCACUGCGACAGUUAGGCAGUGGUUCUGAUGGCCUGUCUAGUGUCAGUGUCAGUAGAAACAUGUUUGAAACAAUUGUCCGGGAUCUUCUCCUGGAGAGAACAGACCAUGCUGUUGAGCUUUAUGAGGGCAGUGGCUCUAGUUGGAGACUGGUGAAAAGUGGAACUCCUGGAAAUAUAAGUAGUUUUGAAGAUAUUUUAUUUGCCAACAAUGAGAUGCAGGAUACUCCUGUUAUUGCUGCACUAUUGCCUAAUUUUCGUGAAAAUAGUUGUACCAUUGGGUUAGGCUAUAUUGAUUUAACUAAAAGAGUUCUUGGGUUAGCUGAAUUUAUUGAUGAUAGCCACUUCACAAAUUUGGAAUCAGCGUUGGUUGCUCUUGGUUGUAAGGAAUGCCUCAUGCCUCUGGAAAGUGGAAAAUCUGGUGAAAUGAGAAAUUUGCAUGAUUCAUUGGCUAGAUGUGGUGUGAUGUUAACAGAGAGGAAGAAAACUGAGUUCAAGACAAGAGAUUUGGUGCAGGAUCUUGGUAGGCUUGUUAAAGGUUCUAUUGAACCUGUUCGAGAUUUAAUUUCUGGGUUUGAUAUUGCAUCCGGUGCUUUAGGGGCAUUAGUAUCAUAUGCAGAACUACUGGCAGAUGAGAGCAAUUAUGGAAAUUAUACAAUCCAAAGAUACAAUCUUCACAGCUACAUGAGGUUAGAUUCUGCUGCAAUGAGGGCACUAAAUGUCCUGGAAAGCAAAACAGAUGCAAACAAAAAUUUCAGUUUGUUUGGUCUCAUGAAUAGAACCUGUACUGCCGGAAUGGGAAAACGGUUACUACAUAUGUGGCUUAAGCAGCCUUUAUUAGACGUAGGUGAAAUCAAUACUAGGCUGGAUUUGGUACAAGCAUUUGUGGAGGAUCCUGCGCUUCGCCAAGAUUUGAGGCAGCAUCUUAAAAGAAUCUCAGAUAUUGAGCGACUUACAAACAAUCUUGAGAGGCGAAGAGUUGGUUUGCAGCAUAUUAUAAAGCUUUAUCAGUCUAGUAUAAGACUUCCAUACAUUGAGAGUGCCCUAGGAAAGUAUGAUGGUCAAUUUUCGUUGCUAAUCAAGCAGAGGUAUUUGGAUCUCCUUGAAUCAUUGACUGAUGAGGAUCACUUGAACAAGUUUAUUGCUCUAGUUGAAACUUCUGUAGACCUUGAUCAACUUGAGAAUGGGGAAUACAUAAUAUCUUCUAGUUAUGACGCUGCAUUGUCAGCACUGAGAAAGGAUCAAGAGUCAUUAGAACGCCAAAUACACAAUUUGCAUAAGCAAACUGCUAAUGAUCUUGAUUUGGCUCUAGAUAAGGCUUUAAAACUAGAUAAAGGCACACAAUUUGGACAUGUUUUUAGGAUUACAAAGAAAGAAGAACCAAAAAUAAGGAAGAAGCUUACCACCCAAUUCAUUGUGCUGGAAACUCGAAAGGAUGGAGUGAAAUUCACAAACACAAAGCUUAAAAAGCUGGGGGACCAGCAUCAAAAGAUUCUCGAGGAGUACAAGAAUUGUCAGAAAGAACUGGUUAACCGAGUAGUUCAAACUGCAGCAACUUUCUCAGAGGUGUUCAGGUCUUUAGCUGCUUUGCUAUCUGAAUUAGAUGUUUUACUCAGUUUUGCUGAUUUGGCUUCUAGUUGCCCUACUCCCUACACCAGACCAGACAUCACUCCGUCGGAUGAGGGAGAUAUCAUAUUGCAAGGGAGUAGACAUCCAUGUGUUGAAGCUCAAGACUGGGUGAACUUUAUCCCAAAUGAUUGUGAACUGGUGAGGGGAAAAAGUUGGUUUCAAAUCAUAACGGGCCCUAAUAUGGGUGGAAAAUCAACAUUUAUUAGGCAGGUUGGUGUGAACAUUUUAAUGGCACAAGUUGGUUCUUUUGUUCCAUGUGAUAAAGCUAGCAUUUCUGUUCGUGAUUGCAUUUUUGCUCGUGUGGGUGCUGGUGAUUGCCAGCUACGUGGAGUUUCUACCUUUAUGCAAGAGAUGCUCGAGACCGCAUCAAUUUUGAAAGGAGCUACAGAUAAGUCAUUGAUAAUCAUUGAUGAAUUGGGCCGAGGGACAUCAACUUAUGAUGGAUUUGGUUUAGCUUGGGCGAUUUGUGAGCACCUUGUUGAAGUGAUUAAAGCACCAACUUUGUUUGCAACUCACUUUCAUGAAUUGACUGCAUUAGCAUUUCAAAAUGCUGAUCCUGAGCCCGAUAUGAAGCAUAUUGUUGGUGUCGCAAACUACCAUGUUAGUGCACAUAUCGACUCAUCAAGUCGAAAAUUGACCAUGCUAUAUAAGGUUGAGCCAGGACCCUGUGAUCAAAGUUUUGGUAUUCAUGUUGCAGAAUUUGCAAACUUUCCUGAAAGUGUUGUUUCCCUUGCUCGAGAAAAGGCUUCUGAAUUAGAGGAUUUCGCACCUACUGCAAUUAUUUCAAAUGAUUCUGUAGAACAGGUAGGAUCAAAGCGCAAGAGAGAAUGUGAUCCGGAUGAUGUCUCCCGGGGUGCUGCCCGGGCACACCAGUUUCUGAAAGAGUUUUCUGAUCUGCCAUUAGAGAAGAUGGAUUUAAAGCAGGUUUUAGAAAAAAUAAGCAAAAUGAAAAGUGACUUGGAGAAGGAUGCAGUAAACUGCCGAUGGCUCCAGCAAUUCAUCUAGGUGAUGUUCAAAUGGAAGUUGCCUAAUUUUGUUUUGAAUUGUUGUACAGCUUGUCCCUGUAUGAAGUUCUGUUUGACUGAUUCUCAUGGAAGUGUCAUCUGGUCUUUCCUCCCAUUUUGUGCCCUCCUGCAGUUUUGCUUAGAUCACAGCUUGACACUUUUUCUUUUUCUUUUUUUUUUUUUUUUUUUCCCCUUCUCUUUUUUGCUUUUUGAAAAGGAGAUGCUGGUUUUGUGGUUUGUUUAUUUUUCUUUUGCGGCAUGAUCAGGCACGUGGUGUUGGUACCUUUGGCUGCUCCUGGAGUAACAUUAGGUUAUCUUGUUAGGAAUGUAAAUAUGGUGAUUUAUAUAUUUAUUUUUGUCAA